GCGAUUCCGGUGUGAUCGCCGUCUCCUCCAGCACGACGCUCAGCGGUAAAACGUCGCGGCCUCGUGUCGGCGGCGGCUCGUGCCGUUUAGCCUCUCGCUGCCCCCUUUAAAUCAAAGAGUCGGCGCGUCCCUGUCGGCGCGCGCUCAGUUUAGCAGCUGACGACACUGACACACACCACAUAUUUAACAUAAUCAUCCACGGGCAUCCGUGCUCACGUCUAUUCGCGUUUUCGCACGGAUCGUGUUUACGACCGCCGUUUACGCGUGAACAAGCCGACUGAGAUGCGUUGUCGUGGUAGUGUUAUUCCCCGUCACUCGUCACUUCCAGACACAAACAAGAUUAUCUGUGUCGCCCACCGUGUGGGUCUGCAGCCCCCCCCUCACCCCCGGCUGUGGACGCGCUACACCGCUCGCUAUGAUUAAGGCCGCUGUGGAAUAGACUGAACCGAAGUCUUGCAGGAGGUUCACUAAGCUGGAACACAACACGGACCACAUCGCUGUCCAUCUGCCGCGAUUCAUCUCCGUUUGUUUACGCGUGUCGCCGAAACGGCCGCUAGAUGGCGCUGUUUACACGCUUCAUUUAUCAACAGGUCGCCCUCAGUCUGACGAGAUGAACAUGUACGCGGUGCCCAGUCCGGGAAUACCGGGCUGCCCACCGGGCCUGGAGUACCUGACUCAGGUGGAUCAGCUACUCAUCAAACAGAAAGUGGAGCUCGUUGAAGCCCUCGUCGGCUUCGAGAGCAACAACAAGUAUGAGGUCCGUAACAGCAUGGGCCAGAACGUGUUCUACGCCGUGGAGGAGAACGACUGCCUGAGCCGGCAGUGCUGCGGCCCGCUGCGCCCCUUCACCAUCCACGUCCUGGACAACCUGGGCCAGGAGAUCAUCACCGUCACCAGACCGCUCAAGUGCAUGUCCUGUUUCUUCCCUUGUUGUUUACAAGAGCUGGAGGUGCAGGCUCCGCCGGGGAACACGGUGGGGUACAUCAUGCAGCAGUGGCACCCGUUCUCCCCCAAAUUCAUCGUUGCAAAUGAACACAAUGAGCCCGUGCUGAAGAUUCAUGGGCCCUUUUGUGGCUGGAGCUGCCUCCCAGAUGUCGACUUUGAGAUUUUGACCAUGGAUGAAGUGAGUAAGAUCGGGAAGAUCAGCAAGCAGUGGACUGGGCUUCUGCGGGAAGCGUUCACAGACUCAGACAACUUCGGCAUCCAGUUCCCCAUGGACCUGGACGUGAGAAUGAAGGCUGUAAUGAUCGGUGCCUGUUUUCUCAUCGAUUUCAUGUUCUUUGAGACGACCAACUAGAAGCCAAGUGGAAAUUCCUUGUAAACGCGCCACAUUCCUUGAAGAACAAGGCCACAAAGCCAUGAUGACCAGUCCAAAAUUCCCUCGUACAGAACAGCCUUCAAACAGACAUGAUCACAGAACGUACCAGCAGGUACCGCAGCGUUCUCAUUUUGCAUGUACACUGACAUAGAAGGUUCAUUUUAGUCUUAGCUGCUCAGGUCGGUCGUCGUAACCGUGUUUGUGAGGAAACAUUUGUGUUUACAUUAUGUUCGCUGAGCCGACGUGGGCCCAGAUCCUUUAGUUAGUACCAAUAAAUAAACUUGAAUCCAUAAAGUACAUCCAUAAAGUACAGUACAUGUAAAGGACAAGGGAACACCAAUAAAGGCAAGUGUAUUGAUUGUCUGCAAAGGUGGUCGGCCAGACAGCACUUGGGUAAUAGAGUCAUUUUAAUUAUUCAAUGCCCUUAUUUAUUGAUUUAACAAUUUGUCAGCAGAUAGAAAUGUGUGCCCUGCUUUGUGUGUGUGUGUGUGUGUGUGUGUGUGUGUUAGCUAUGAGUGAACUUUGGAGCGCUUACUAUUGUAAAGUAGUGUUUUCAAUGCCGUAAUAAUAAUCCAUUGUCCAUUCUGUAGAGGUUGAGGGAGCGACGGGUUGCAGUUGGAUGUAAUACAGCAGCAAUGUCCACAAGAGGGCGCUAGCUCCUCAUUUAAGAAUAACCCAACAAAGUCAAUGCCCGCUCCUGUCAUCAGCUUUCACCCAAGCAUCCCUCUGCUGAAAGCUUAUAAUUUGGGGACAAACUCAGGUUGAAAUGCACGCUAUUAAAGUAGACAUCUGCACCUGAUACGAUAAGGAGCAAAGAAUGUUAAUCAUGUGUUUAAAUAUACAUAGAGCAUUUUACGUACAGUACGUUUACUGGUAAAUGAUAAUGCAAAAGUUGAAAUGUUACGGGAAUCAGCCAUCAUCAGCAUUAAGAGAGCAGGAAGAACAAAGAGACAUGAUUGUACAAUCAUAGAAAGUGUCUGGUCUCUGGAAAAACAUCCAUCUUAAAGCAAAUACUACUUUUGUAAAAUGUCAUUUAGAAAAAUGUCAGAGGGACAAGCUGAGGUUCGUCAGGUCCUGUAUCAGCAGAGUUUCUGCUAGUUCUGUUGGUACACGUUUUAUCUUCAAGUGCAAACUGGAUCUUAAGGAUUUAGGAUGGAGGUUUUAUGCAGUCUGACCAAACCAACAGUUGAGUUACAUUCCUCAUUCUUUGAGCGUCCAGGGCGUCUCAGCCAGGCAGGAAGCAUUAGUAGUGGAAGAUGCUGGUGCUACGUCCUCUGAGGCGGCUUGAUUGUGUUUAAAAGCCAAAAAUCAAGGUCAGAAUGUGACGCUGGGUGAAUUCAGCAAUUCCAAUACGUCAAACGUUUCUUUGAAACACUCAAAAUACUUACUGUAUACUUCUACUUUUGCACUAAUACUGUGAACUAGUCAUGCAGUUAAUGCAAACAGACUCUGUGAGCUAAACUUAAAUUGUGCAAAUAAUCCCUGGAAACACUUCAAUAAAAACAAUGUUCUAAUGCAUUUGUUUUUAAUUUUUUUGUUUCUUCAAUUAUUAUUGUGUAAAAACACAACUAGACGAUUGUUGUGAUUGUUAUUAUUGAAAUGCUUUGAAACUACAGUGCAAUAAAUCCCUUGAGUGGAGUUUGUAGCGUUGAAUGAUUAAAAUCGUUGACUUCAUGCUUGUUAA